GUUGUAGUUACCUUCACAGUUUGCUAAUGUUCAAUCCAACGCAUGCUACCAACAGCAACAGACUUUAGCGGAAGAAAAGAAUGCCUCUUUUAUUAUUGAAGACAUGCACCAGCAAUUGCUCAAAAAAAUAGAUAACAUGGUUGAGUUCAAGCUUAAGCAGUACUUCGACCAACUUCGAGCUGAGCUUUUCCAGUUACACACAGAUGCUUUACGAAAAGUAUGGGAAGAUCAGAAGAGGGAAUUUUCAGAUUUUGCGACACAAUUUCUUGAAAACCUGAAAACGACAGCGAAGACAGAGUGCGAUCGGGAAGAUGUGAUUUCACCCUUGCAUAUUUCUUCGGAUAGCUCGCUAUCAACGCCAGUUGGAUCUAUAAGCACAGAUACUGAUGGAGAAACUGAAACUUUAAGCAAAGAAAAGAGCUUUCCACUGGAUGGGAUUGUAAACACUGAGGUGGCCAAUAUCCAAAGCACCUCAUCAGUUUUCGAUAGUAGGUUGGAUUGCAGUUGGGCGGAUAUAAUGCAACUAGAAGAUGCUAAACAAAAGCGCAUCAAAGAGAAGAAGCGAAGAUAUACAGAGACACGGCUGAAUCAUACUGAGAUUUGCCAAAGAUCCACAAAACGUUAUGAAGACUGGGCAAUGAGUCAAAGCGGUUCGGUAAACAGUCUGCAAAAUAACAAUAGAGAAAAAGUCGAAAAACAGCAGCUUAGUGGUAGGCCAAAAAAUCGCACCCGCAGGGCUUUAUCAAAACAGCAAAUGGUAACUGGAGGCCUUGAUAGCAGUAUUCGCUCCUCAUCAGAUAUAAACUCUACUGUAAGUAACAUUACUACCGGAUCUAAACAGCUCAGACAUUACACUCAGUGUAGAAAAACCACGACACACAAGAAAGAACCCAGCUCACUCAUUUCCUCCUCAGAUAUAUGUUCUACGGAAGACGGUUAUUUAACUUUUACCACUCUUAUUAACGGCCACUUUGCGACUUACACAGUCAAAAUACCCAGACAAAAUCAAGAGCUACAUCAAUUAUAAACGGCUUUUGUUGUUCUUUGUGAAUUGAAAAGAAGCCAUUCUUUAUAACCUACCGUAUCGAUUUCCAAGUAUUCAUGAAACUAUUGCUUAUAA